AUGGAGGCACUGGAAGACACUGAACUCUGUUUUCCUCAAUUCAACAACUCAUGCAAGAAGACGACACGUCCUCACUUGGCGGCUGCGCUCAUUUACGCUGUGCUGUCUGGCAUCUCUCUGCUCACAGUGGUUCUUAACCUGCUGGUCAUCAUCUCCAUCUCCUACUUCAGACAGCUCCACACCACCACCAACUUCCUCCUCCUCUCUCUGGCUGUUGCAGACUUCCUUGUGGGUCUCCUGCAGAUGCCGACUGAAAUCUUGCUCUUCCAUGGCUGCUCGAUCCAGGAUAACUCUAUAUGUGGUAUGAAUUACUUUUUAGGUUUCCUCACUGUCAGUGUUUCAGUAGGAAGCAUGGUGCUCAUAUCAGUUGACCGCUAUUUAGCAAUUUGUGACCCAAUGUUUUACUCCACCAAAGUUACACUGAAAAAAGUUCAGCUCUGCAUAUGUCCCAUUAUUGUGAUUACACUUCUGUAUAUGAGAGUAUUUGUGGUGGCUGUGUCUCAGGCUCAUGCCAUGCGUUCUCAUGUUGCAGUUGUUACACUUCAGCGUUCAGAGACUGUAAAAGCUAUGAAAUCUGAAAUGAAAGCAGCCAGGACUCUUGGUGUUGUCGUAGUUGUGUUUAUUUUGUGCUUCUCUCCAUAUUACUGUCUCAGUAUUGUAGCUUACAACAAGCCAGUGGGGUCAUCAUCUGCACCUGUUGAGUUUUGGCUGUUGUACUUCAACUCCUGUUUAAACCCUGUGAUCUAUGUUUUUUUCUACCCCUGGUUCAGAAAAUCUAUUAAACAUAUUGUUACACAGAUACUGCAGCCUGGUCACUAUUAG